CUUGAGGGAGCUGGAUCAGAGUCAAUGGCUUUCUACAUCCAUAGAUCAAUGAUGACACCAGACUCGUGGUCAGUAUUUUUAUUACUUAGCAAUAUCUUACUGAAUGCAGAGGGAUGGCCGACUAAAGAAGGAUAUGAUCCAAAACAUUAUCUGCCUUUAGUGCGUUUGCGACAUAAGCAAGAUGGAAGUCCAGACAGGCUAAAAGUAUACUACGGUCAGGAUAGUUAUUUUGGACCCUGUGAAAACAAGUACUGUGGGCUUGGCCGACAUUGUAUUGUAAACAAAGAGACAGGACAGGCGGACUGUGCAUGCAUGGAGCGGUGUAAGCCCAAUUACAAGCCUGUGUGUGGCUCUGAUGGGGAACUUUAUGAAAACCAUUGUGAACUUCAUCGUGCUGCCUGCUUGAAGAAACAAAAAAUUUCAGUUGUCCAUAAUGAAGACUGCUUUUUCAAAGGGGACAAGUGUAAAUUGACUGAAUACAGCAAACUGAAAAACAUGCUUCUAGAUCUCCAGAACCAAAACUACAUCCGACAAAGAAAUAACAAAGAGAAUGAAGACAAAAUGUCUCUCAAAAAGGUGUUGGUGGAUAACAUGUUUGAAUAUUUUGAUUCAAAUGAGGAUGGGUAUGUUGACAGCAAUGAAUUGGCUCAGGUAAUUAAACAGGAUAGACUCGGAAAGGAUCUCUCUCAGUGCUCAUUAUUUGAUCUACUGAAAUAUGAUGAUUAUAAUAACGACAAACACCUAACACAGGAGGAGUUCUACAGAGCAUUUCAGGUGAUUCAACUGAACCUGGCAGAAGGACAGGAAGUGAGUAUCACCUCAGCAACAGUAGGACAAAGUGCAGUCCUAACAUGUUCAAUUCAGGGGAUCCUAAGGCCUCCAAUAAUUUGGAAACGCAACAACAUUAUUCUCAACCAUUUGGAUCUAGAAGAUAUAAGUGUAAUUCCUCCAGUUGUUAGAGUGUAUCCAGAAAGUCAAACUCGUGAACCAGGGGUGACUGCUAGUCUCAGGUGUCAUGCUGAAGGCAUUCCAAAUCCUUUGAUUAGUUGGUUGAAAAAUGGUGUUGACAUUAUGACGAAACUAUCAAAACAGCUAACCUUGCAAGCAAAUGGGAGUGGAGUGCACAUUAGUAAUGUGCGCUAUGAAGAUACUGGUGCUUACACUUGCAAUGCCAAGAAUGAUGCAGGAGUGGAUGAAGAUAUUGCAUCACUUUUCGUGGACGAUUCAGCCAGAAAGACACGAUUGGGAGUAGGAAACAUGUUCUAUAUAUUUUAUGAGGACGGAAUCAAGGUGAUUCAACCAAUAGAAUGUCAGAUUCAGCGACACAUUAAACCUUCUGAGAAAAUCCUAGGAAAUCAGGAUGAAGUUUGUCCCAAAGCUGACAAUGAAGCAAUCCAGCGAUGCGUGUGGGCUACUGCUGUGAACAUUAAAGACAAGUACAUCUAUGUGACACAGCCAAAGCUGAACAGAGUGCUGAUAGUUGAUAUUCAAUCUCAGAAAGCAAUUCAGAUUGUAGCCACUGAUCCGGUUCCAGUGAAACUUCACUAUGAUAAAUCACAUGAUCAAGUCUGGCUCCUUAGCUGGGGCGAUGAUGAAAAAAACUCACCAACAUUGCAAGUAAUUAAUCAAGCCAGUGGGAGUGCAGCCCAUCACACUGUUCAUACUCAACCAGUUGGAAAGCAGUUUGACAGGGUGGAUGAUUUUUUCAUUCCAUCUACUACUAUCAUCAUUAAUCACAUCAGGUUUGGAUUUAUUCUUCACAAAGGUGAACCAGCCCUUCAUAAAAUUGACCUUGAAACCAUGACAUAUAUUAAGACCAUCAGUUUGAAAGACUAUAAUUGUGUCCCACAGUCACUUGCCUAUAGUCACCUUGGUGGAUAUUAUUUUGUUCACUGCAGUGUGGGCAUUACAGGAGCAACUGAACCACAAAUCAUAGUUGACAGUGUCACUGAUUCUGUAAUUGGCUACAAUGGUGAUAUAUCAGGUGUUCCUUAUAUUUCUCCAGACGGACAUUACUUGGUUAGUAUAGAUGAUCAAAGGGGUCUCAUGAGAGUUCAAUCCAUCACCAUUCAAGGGGAAAUCCGGGAAUGUUUUGAGAUACAUACCAACCUCCAUAUUUCAGAUACCACCUUUCAGCCUUCUUUCACUGAAGCCAAUCAGUACAAUAUCUUUGCCAGCUCCAGUGUGCAAACCAAUGUGCUCUUUGUGGAGCUCUCCACAGGGAAAGUGAAGAUGGUGAAGAGCCUAAAAGAACCCAUGAAGACAGAAGAGUGGCCAUGGAAUAGUAAAAACCGAGUGAUUGUGGACAGUGACCUGUUUGGCCAGUAUCUCAUGACACCCUCAAAAGAAUCUUUGUUUAUUUUAGAUGGAAGGCUUAGUAAGUUAAACUGUGAGAUCACUGAGGUGGAUAAAGGGAACACAAUAAUUUGGGUUGGUGAAGCAUAAAGAUUACUUUUUUUUUAAAAAAAGAUUCCUGGUACAGAGUUUUCCACUGCACUUAAGCUGCAACAACUUGGGUGGCAACAAUUCUGUUUGAUACACUAUAUAACAUUCACAAUUAAAUGUAAAACAAAUUUGCAGAUAAAAAGACCAAGAACUUUUGACUGAUAUAACCAUGCUAAUGAUACUAAUUGGAAUUUCCUAAUUUCUUAGUGCUAGAGGUUGCUAAUGUUACUUUAACAAAAAGGUUUUUCUAUAGCUACAAAACGGUUUAGCAAAAAAGAAUCUAAUAGCUGCAGGGAACUGUAAUUUUUACCCUAUUUACGUUUUUGCUUUCAUGAUUGACUUUUGCUUAUGGAUUCCAAAAUCAAAGAUUUUCCUAGUUAACUUUUCAAAUCCCUAGAAUUAUUUGUGCCUUCCUCGUUUCUAGGAAGAGGGUUAAUUAUUAACCAUUUUGGUUACAUAUUGUUCGUCACAUGAGGAAAGGCUGCUCAGAGCUAAGUGCCGAAAUUAAUGCCAUAAGUGGGUCCAAGUAACGACUAAUUCAUAAAAAUAAUGAUGCCUUCAAUAUUAGUUUAUUAUGCAUAGAAAUAAGCAAUCCCUCUUUGUCAACAGAUGUAUUGAUACUAAACCAGCCUAUAUCAAAUUGUUAACAUCUCUGUCAACCAGUUAAAUAUGACAAGUGUUCCAUUAAAGUCCAAUAGCAUUUUUAGAUUUCCUGAGUUUCUCUGGAUUGACUUCCUAUUCAAUAAUUUAUGUUUUGUGAACAGGCUAUUAUACCCAUGAUCAUGGGUAUAGCAGCUGCAAGGCUCUAUGAUUGUCAGGAUUUAGUUAGGAAAAUAUGGUUUGUGGGAAGAUUCUCUGCCCUAUGACAGUGCAAUCAACGGAUGGAUGUUUUGGUUUGUACUGACUAAAAGUUUCUCCUUUUCUUAAAACUGUAAUGUUGUGGUCAUCAUAAGUCCUUUUGGUAAACAGCUGUCUGUCAAAUAUAGAUUGUUCUGUGUAAUUUCUGAAUGUUGCAUACGUAGAAAUUUGCUUGACACUAGAGGCAAAUAAAGAUUUUACAUUUUGCCAUCUCA